CGGAAGUGGCCGUUCUGCUCCAGCUGGUCCAGUUGUAACAAUCCUGGGGGAGGCAGCAGCUGGAUGAUCCCCCGAGUGAGUGAAUGGAGCAGAGUGAGGCAGGAAACCUCCAGAAACAAAUCGAUGAGAUUGAAGCGCUGUCAUCCAUCUAUGAAGAUGAAUGGUGUGUCAUUGAUGAGGCUGCCAGGGUAUUUUGUAUUCGAGUUGUGGAUGAAUUAGAACACCCCAAAUGGACUGUUUGUUUGCAGGUGAUGCUUCCUCCUGAAUACCCUUCAUCUGCUCCACCCGUCUAUCAGUUAAAUGCAUCAUGGCUGAGAGGACAAGAAUGUACAGCUCUUUCAAACAGCUUGGAGGAAAUCUAUCUUGCUGUAUGUGGUGUGCUAGCGAGUUGUGUGUAUUUGAAUGUGGAAGUUAAGGUGAAACUGCUUCUACAGGAACUUUAUCAGAACAAAAAGAUUGCCAAUGCCACACACAACAUCUAUGCUUACAGGAUACAUUGCGAGGACAAACAGACAUUCCUGCAAGAUUGUGAAGAUGAUGGAGAAACUGCAGCUGGUGGUCGUCUUCUGCAUUUACUGCAGAUUUUGGAUGCACGUAACGUGCUGGUGGUUGUUUCGCGGUGGUACGGAGGAAUCUUACUGGGCCCUGAUCGCUUCAAGCACAUCAAUAACUGUGCCAGAAAUAUCCUUGUUGAUGAAGGUUACGCCGAGCUUGCAGGUGAAGGGUCAAGGACAUCAAUAAAGAAGAAAAAGCCAAAGAACAAGAGGGGAAAAUGAUCAGAGGAAACAACAUUGAUAUUUUAUAAUUAAUGAGGAAAGUGAAAGCUCCGUUUUCAAAUAUCGGUGCCAGUCGUUUCACAACUGCAAAGACAGGAAAAUGGAAAGACAGAAAUAAACAAAUCCAAAAGCA